AUGGCCGGGUUAAUCGAGCAGCUGGACGCCUCCAUAUCCGCCAUUCUAGCCGGCUGGAACACAUACACGACCCUCAUCGCCGUCGGAAUCAUCGGCUUCAUAGGCUGGAUCAUAUACGACACGGCGGAUGCCGACACGCACCCAUUGCUGCUUGCCAGACAGGCCCAGGCUUCCUAUGUGAGGCAGCCGGGAGAGUCCGCCGUCUUCAGAUCUCCCGAGACUCCCCAUGGCUGUGCGUAUCUGCCAAAGUAUGCAUUGCUGCUUGACCCUCUUCGCACCGGGCUUGCUGUAAAGCCUCCGGGCGCUCCCAUGUACUCGGCCGGCAAGGAUGGCGAUCUCCGAGAUAUCUGGCGGCGCGUUGUUGGUGAAAUCCCUCUCGAACGAGGUGCGACUUCGAGCGGCACAGCCACCAUCAUGACCGUCUACGGCAAGGAAGGCGUCUCGGAACACAAGGUCGAAGGCAUAAGCAAGGAGAUUGCAAUUAUUGGCAAGCACUUCAAGGACCACGGAGCAAAGAGAGUCGCCAUCUACCUGCCCAACAGCAUCGAGUUUCUGGCUGCAUUGUUCGCCGGCGCUUUCUACGGCUUCACCCCCAUCUUGAUCCCGUACAACCAGCCCCAUCCUGCCCUCGUCGACCUUCUCGUUCAGACGGGAGCCGACGCCCUCAUUGCUGAAGCUGGAUCCGUGCCCCUCGCUGAUGUCAUUCAAGGAGCACCCGGUCUGCGACAGAUUAUCUGGACUGUCGAGAAGACCAGCAGGCAUAUGGACUGGAGCGAGGUUCCCGAGGGCAUUGGCGGGAAAAUUGACGUCUCAGUAUGGCAUGAGCUCGUGCAGGACCAGCAGAAUGGGAGCGUGGCCCUGCCCUCCAACUCCGAUAAAGUCCCAGGCGUUGUGUUCCUCUGGCAGGAGACUGUUGGAAAGCCAGCCGAGAUCGUCGAGUUCACCCAGCAAAACCUCGCUGCCGCUGUCGGCUCCCUCAUCACUGCAUUGCCUGCCGCGCAUCGCUUCAACUCCUCCGAUACCUUCCUACCUGCCGAUGCCUUCACCCAUUCCUACAGCUUGUGUCUGACUUUGGCUGCCCUGUUCGCUCAUUCAACUGUCGUCAUCAACUCAGUGGCUGGACAGGGAGUCGAUCUCACUCUGGCUACCCGGUCAAUUGCCCCUACCAUCGCAGUCGUCUCCGCUGAAACUGCUGCCAAACUUCACAGCACUACGAGCGCAUCUGGACUGAGCGGACCAAAGAAGUUCGCCCAUUACCUCGAGACUCGCAUGCUGACCGCUGGUCGUCUCCCAACUGACACGUUUCUGACCAAACUGAACGCCCCUCCACGCGCAACUCUAGGCACAACACCAGGAAAGCUGCGGCUACUCUUUGUUUCUGAGCGAGCUGGCCUCAACACCCCACCUCUGAGUUCCGAAGAUUUGUCAGAUCUGCGCGUCUAUACCAAGGCCCGUGUUCUGUAUGCUUUGACAGCCGCCAAAGUUGCUGGCGCAGUCGCCCAGACCAACGUCUAUGACUACCGACGGGGGCUGGCGCCAUCGAACAAGCACAGCCAUUUCGGUGUGCCACUCAGUAGUCUCGAGAUCAAGUUGAAAGACACUCCACAGCACAAGACUACUGACGAUCACAUCGCUGGUGAGUUGGUCGUGACUGGAUCAUCCGUGGCGGGCGGUGAGACAUCGUUGGGAGUGAAUGGUGAGUCUGCGCACUAUCUGUAUGCUGCUGUUAUACUGACAUCAGCCAGCAACCUUCCGGGAAGACCAUACCUUGGCAUAUGUAUAGAUUUUAAAUGUCAACAAUUCAUGAGCGUGACCAUCCCAUGUUCUACGAUAUCGUCGUUCUUGCGCUGUUCACCCUUCUCACCUUCAAUGCUCCCGUGUGGCGAUUUCCCCGCAUCAGUCAGCCAAGUCUUGCUAUUGCCCUUCUUCACUCUCACUUUGCGCUCACUUAGGAUUUUGCGUAGUUAA